AUGUCGGAAAUCGAAGAAUGGAAUGAGAGAUUAUUUGGCUGUUGCGAUGAUUGGGGGAUCUGUUGCUAUGGAUUUUGGUGUGGUCCAUGUCUAUUCAGUUCAAAUGCUAAGAGACUCGAUGGUAGUAAUUGGUGUGUUAAUUGUUGUGUUUUUUGUACCUUGGGGCAAGUGUAUCAAAGUUGGUUACUACAAUAUUUCAAACGACAAAAACUACGCAAAAUAUAUCGUCUCAAAGAAGAUCGAAUGUGUGGGGAUGCUCCAGCAACAUUAUGUUGUAGUUCAUGUGCACUCUGUCAAGAGGCUCGCGAAAUGAAAGCGAGAGAUCACUAUCCAGGAAAAGGAGAAGAGCGAGCAAAACUUUACACGACUACUGAACAACCUACUGCUUCACAACCACGAUACGUUGGGCAAGCUCCUCAAUAUAUAUACGAUACGCGUGCAUUCUAA